ACCGUUGCACCCAUCCCCACCCACCCCGUGCUGCUUUCCGCCCGGAGCCAGGAGCCGAAGGGACCUCACCAGAAACGAAUCUUGGGGUUUUUGCCGAAGCUUUCCCUAAGCACUGCCGCCUGGCACUUGACAAGUGCCAGGUCUGUCGUGUCUCCUGAACCUGAAGUACGCCAAGGGCCGGGGUAGAAUGACCCCGAUGAUGCAGACGAUUAAGUGCGUGGUGGUGGGAGAUGGCGCAGUGGGCAAGACGUGUCUGCUGAUCUCCUACACGACCAACAAAUUCCCCUCGGAGUACGUGCCCACCGUCUUCGACAACUACGCCGUCACGGUGAUGAUUGGGUCCAACCCGCACACCCUCGGGCUCUUCGAGACGGCGGGCCAGGAAGACUACGACCGGCUGCGGCCCCUCAGCUAUUCGCAGACAGACGUGUUCCUGGUCUGCUUCUCCGUGGUGUCCCCGUCCUCUUUCCAGAACGUGAGGCAGAAGUGGGUCCCGGAAAUCACCCACCACUGUCCCAAGACGCCUUUCUUGCUGGUCGGGACCCAGAUUGACCUGAGAGAAAACCCCUUUGCUCUGGAGACACUGGCCAAGAAGAAGCAGAAGCCCGUCACCGCCGAGAUCGCCGAGAAGCUCACCAGGGACCUGAAGGGCAUCAAAUACGUGGAGUGUUCAGCGCUCACCCAGAAGGGCCUGAAGAAUGUGUUUGAUGAGGCCAUAUUGGCUUCCCUGGAUCCUCCCAAGCCUAAGAAGGGGCACAAGUGUGUACUUCUCUGAGCAGGAGGCUCAUCACUCUUCAUGAAUGGAAAACGGAAUCAAACUAAAGAAAAAAUAAAAUUCGCUUUUUUUGCAA